GCACUGCUGCACCUAGAUGUGGCAGCUGUCACCGCGGCGGCUAGACAGCAACACAGACAGAGUGUGGGCGGUCUGUACCUGAGCAUGGGCCGGAGCCGCCCAGCGGUCUGUACCUGAGCAUGGGCCGGAGCCGCCCAGCGGUCUGUACCUGAGCAUGGGCCGGAGCCGCCCAGCGGUCUGCCCGGGACGCCUGGCGUCCUCAGAAAGAGCCGGCAGCGCGAUGGCACACUGCCAGUGAUCUCGCGGGAGCCGCCGAAGUCACCCGCCUGCGGGGAGAGACCCAGACCUCCUCUUGGAAUGAAGUGACAGUGAGAAGCUGCCAAGAUGCCGGUGAUGAAGGGCCUCCUGGCCCCACAGAACACAUUCCUGGACACCAUCGCCAACCGAUUCGAUGGUACCCACAGCAACUUCCUGCUGGGCAACGCGCAGGGCCACCGCGGCUUCCCCAUCGUCUACUGCUCGGACGGCUUCUGCGAGCUCACGGGCUUCGCGCGCACGGAGGUGAUGCAGAAGAACUGCAGCUGCCGCUUCCUGCACGGGGUGGAGACCAGCGAGCACGUGGCGCUGCAGAUGGAGAAGGCGCUGGAGGGCCGACAGGAGUUCCAGGCCGAGGUGCAGCUCUACAAGAGGAAUGCAAACCCGUUCUGGUGCUUGUUGGACAUCGUUCCGAUCAAGAAUGAGAAGAGUGAGGUGGUUCUCUUCCUCCUGUCCUUUAAGGACAUCAGCGACACGCACGGGAAGAACCACCUCGGUUCCUCUAAAGAAGGUGACAGGCCGCUUGGCAGGAAGCACGGCGGGUCCAAGCUCAGCGAGGCCCGGUACCAGGGCCGGGCUGUACUCUACCACCUGACCAGCCGCCUCACUCGGCGGGGAAAAGGUGACGUGAAGCUGGACAGGGGCGUGUUUGAGAAACCUUCUCUACCCGAGUACAAGGUGGCCACAGUGCAGAAAUCCCGCUUCAUCCUGCUGCACUACAGCGUCUCCAAGGCGCUGUGGGACUGGAUGAUCCUGCUGGCCACCUUCUACGUGGCCGUCACCGUGCCGUACAACGUCUGCUUCACCGCCUACAACGACAGCGACGCCGCCUCUCGCAGCACCAUCGUCAGCGACAUCGCCGUGGAGAUGCUCUUCAUCCUGGAUAUUGUGCUGAACUUCCGUACCGCCUACGUGAGUCAGUCUGGCCAGGUUGUGUAUGACCCACGAUCCAUCUGCAUCCAUUAUGCUGCCACCUGGUUUUUUGUGGACCUCAUCGCCGCCCCUGGCGACCUGCUCUACGGCUUUAACAUCACUGUGACCUCUCUGGUCCAUCUGCUGAAGACCGUGCGUCUGCUGCGUCUCCUGCGGCUGCUGCAGAAGCUGGACCGCUACUCGCAGUACAGCGCCGUGGUGCUGACUCUCCUCAUGUCCAUGUUUGCCCUGCUCGCCCACUGGAUGGCCUGCAUCUGGUACGUCAUCGGCCGCAAGGAGAUGGAGAACAACGACCCCGUCGCCUGGGACAUCGGUUGGCUUCACGAGCUGGGGAAGAGGCUGGACUCCCCCUACACCAACAGCAGCCUGGGGGGGCCGCCCCUACGCAGCGCCUACAUCGCCUCGCUCUACUUCACCCUCAGCAGCCUCACCAGCGUGGGCUUCGGCAACGUCUGCGCCAACACGGACGCCGAGAAGAUCUUCUCCAUCUGCACCAUGCUCAUUGGGGCGCUGAUGCACGCCGUGGUCUUCGGCAACGUGACGGCCAUCAUCCAGCGCAUGUACUCACGCCGCUCGCUGUACCACACGCGCAUGAAGGACCUGAAGGACUUCAUCCGCGUCCACAGGCUGCCCCAGCAGCUCAAACAGCGCAUGCUGGAGUACUUCCAGACCACCUGGUCUGUCAGCAACGGCAUCGAUGCCAACGAGCUCCUGCAUGACUUUCCGGACGAGCUGCGCGCCGACAUCGCCAUGAACCUGAACAAGGACAUCCUGCAGCUGCCCAUCUUCGAGUGUGCCAGUAGGGGCUGCCUGCGCUCGCUCUCGCUGCACAUCAAGACGUCUUUCUGCGCCCCUGGCGAGUAUCUUAUCCGUCAGGGGGAUGCGCUUCAGGCCAACUAUUUCGUCUGCUCCGGAUCCCUGGAGGUGCUCAAGGAUGGGAUGGUGCUUGCCAUUCUCGGAAAAGGGGACCUAAUCGGCGCGGACCUUCCAGGUCAUGAGCAGGUCAUCAAGACUAAUGCCGACGUGAAGGCCCUGACGUACUGCGACCUGCAGUACAUCAGCCUGCGGGCGCUGAGGGAGGUGCUGCAGCUCUACCCCGAGUACGCCAGCCGCUUCACGGCCGACAUCCACCACAACCUCACCUACAACCUGCGGGAGGGCAGUGAAGCGGAGGGUUUGACGAGAUUCUCACGGUCACCCAGGCCGACUCACAAUGCUUUGGAUAACAGCACCUCCUCACAGAGCAAGCUGGCCUUCGAAGGGGAGGCGGAUGAGGAGUGCGAGGAGUACUUCCGCUCGUCGCCCUGCAGCCGGCCGCGCAGCAGACUCACGCUGCCCCACAUGGGCGCCCCCCCCCGGCACGGCUCGCUGAGCCACCUUCUGGGCGAGGAGCUCCGGCAGCUGGGCUCCCGCAGCCACUGCCCCUCGCCCUCCCGCAGCCGGCGGGGUCACAGCCCCACCCCCAGCAGGGAGGAGCCGUCCCCCCCACCCACUUCCAAAGCAGAGGCGGGAUCCAGCAACAAACCUGCCAAGCUGCUCAUCCCCUCCCUCAACUGCUUCGGCCCCCCCGACCUCAGCCCCAGGGUCGUGGAUGGGAUCGAAGACAAUGGGCAGACGUUUCACUUUAACGUAGAAGAAAGCGGCACUAAGACCAGCACCAACAGCCUCUCCAAAGAUUCCAACCAGGCUAAUGCUAACUUUGCUAUCAUAGAUUCCAACCNGGCUAAUGCUAACUUUGCUAUCAUAGAUUCCAACCAGGCUAAUGCUAACUUUGCUAUCAUAGAUUCCAACCAGGCUAAUGCUAACCUCCUUCUGGAGACAGAGGAAGUGAGGCACAGCAUUAACCAGCUCAACACAGAGAUGAGCCUUUUAAGCCAAGAGGUCUCUCACAUAUCCACGGAGCUCCACCACAUGAUGCACCUCCUUCAGACCCGCGUUGCCGUGCAGCACUUCACCUCCACCCUCUCCGCCUACCCCUACGGCCUGCACGUCGUCUCGAAUUCCGCCAGUGGCGGUACCGUGGCCGCUGCUGAUUGGCCCACGCGGUUAUCCUGCAACGUGGCAGCGGGCCUGCAAGCCCAUCACGAUCAUGUGACUCGGGAUCCCAUGGGGCACACUAGCGGGGGCACCGGGGGCUGGGGUAUGAACAGCUCCCGAGCUCGAGCAGCUACCAUGGGACAGUCGGUAGACGUCAACCUUCCCAAACGGUCGCUAAGCCCCAGAUCCACCUGUUUCCAAGCGUCUUGCUACCGGGACCAGGCAAGGGCAGCUGGACAAGGAGCAGAGAGCCAGCAGAGAUCCUGCUCAGCCUUCAAGAGCACCCCAAACUCCCCAUUCAUGACUCCUCAUCGGCGCCACACUGGCUCCUCAUUGCUCAACUGUAGCCACACCUCCCAAGGGUUUGUACCACUACCUCCUCAGCAAGCACAUGGAGAGCAAAGUCCUUCUCAAACCAAUAUCCAUCCAUCAUGCUCAAAUGACACCCUCAGUCAGCCUCUGUCUAGGCAUAGUCAGCAAGUUGUUGCAAGCUCUGAAUGCAAACACCCCCAAUCCAACUCUCCAGUGUCCAUCCAGUCACUGUUGGUGACCCCGAGUGGAUAUGCACCCCUCCACACAUCUGUUAAACCCCUUGGACAUUCAGGUUCAUACUCCUCAAACUCGCCCCAGCAUAAUCUCACCUGCCUCUCCACCAUGCCAAGGCAGAACGACCUUCUUGGCUCAAGCCCCAGCGACCUCCUAGACACUGACCUUCUGGACAUUCAUUGCACCUCAUUUCCGACACCAACCCUUUACCAUAAAACACCACUGGCUGCCUCUCAGGAUUUUAGUCUCCCAGGAAUGGACGGCCGUGAUGCUGGCCAGGCCCUGGGCAACUGCACUGGAGAAGAGCACGUUCACCUUCAGUGCUUUCAGGAUGGACCCACACCAGAGGGACAGGUUAGCGAGGCCCUGGAGUCCAGGAGGUCCAGCAUGGGCACCCAAACAGCAGACGGAGAACCGUUCUGGGGUUAAAAAGGGGCUCCAUCUUGAGAUAUGGAGCAGAGGAGUUCAUAUGAAUGGACAAAUGAACUAAAAGUGUUUGUCUUCUCUUUAAGAUCCCUCUAUUAUGUACAUUCCACUAUUUAUAUUACCUUUCUCAGCCUUAGUAACCAAUGGAUGAGAAACCUUCUCUUCAAAGCACAGAAUUUCUUACCUCCAGUUCUUUAACACAUGUUAGUAAUCCUGCAUCUGUUAGACACCUAUCAGAUUUACUCAUAAGGUCCUAAAUUAGCUGUCACGAUCCGCAAUGUUGACAGUUCUGCGGGUUGAAUUUUUCAAUAUUUCAUGGCCAUUUCUGCUCUGACUCAAUGAAUUAUUCUGACAAUCACGCCUUAGUGAGGGACUUCACCUUAAAAGUCACCUGAGGUCAGAAACCUUAAGUGAGCGGUGGUGAAAUCUGGCACGCAAAGCAAAAAAAAUAAAAAAAGUUGUGAUUUUAGCUCAGGUGACCAAAGAAAAACCUGUUUUUAACAUAUUUUUAAAGAAAAACAAGACGAAUAAUGUUUACAUUUAAAUGUGCUUGACAGGUACUGGUUUGUUGUUUUGUUUAUUUAUAUUUAGAUAUUCUAAUAUUGCUUGUCAUGAUCAUUAGUAUAACAAGCAAUCAUGUGCUUUAUUAUUCUAGGAUGUUCACAAUCCGUUCCAGCUUUCCCAAAUCUUGCAAAUAACAAAAACUGAAACGGUGAUAUUGUAUAACUUGCACACUGCUUCUUGUCAGAAUUGGCCAGUGUGACUAUAACAAUCUCCAAGCUCUAGCAAUUUCUGCCCCAAGGCCUUUUUUCAUCCGACAGGCUGUAUUUUACACCCCGCGUGAAUUUCAUGCUGAACUGACAAUGGCCAUUAACUUUCACAAAACACCUAUGCACUCUGGAACCAUAAAAUCGGCCUCCGCUCUUAUGUGUGAGUAAUAAACCCUUUUAAAUUGUAUUUUUUUUGAGGGGGGCCGAUAAAAGGUAGAUAUGGAUUGAUCUUCUUGUGAGUGGGGUCAGAGUGCACAGUGGGGUCAGAGUAGACAGUGGCGUCAGAGUGCACAGUGGGGUCAGAGUAGACAGUGGGGUCAGAGUGCACAGUGGGGUCAGAGUGCACAGUGGGG